GCCGCCGCCGCGGCCGUAAGGCCGAGCCGCGGGCGGCUCCGCCGCAGCCCUCCCGCUCCCGGCCCGCCUGUCCCGCCGGCUCUCCCUGGAGCGGGGGCCCCACGGCCGGGCCUGCCCGCCUGAGCCGCUGCCUCUAGAGCCGUUUCGUCUCUAGCUUCUCCGGAGAAGAAGCUAGCGGCGUCUCUGAACUGGUGCCAUUCCCCCCGGUGGAGAGAGGGCUGGUGUGUGCACUCACCAAAGGUUAUGCAGAAAGCCUGAACGUUGUUCCUGUUACAAUUAUGGUGCUCGUUCGAGCUGAAGAUGCCUGACGGUUGGGAGUCACAGACCCACGGGGGCGAUGCGUGAUCAAAUACAGCGUGACACGGGGAAAAAGCUAAGGACCCAUCAAGUGAGGACGAUGUUGAUGCCUGUCUGACGGUCAGCAGUGUGUGCUUAGUGCUGCUGUUCAGGAUGAAUAGGAAGAAAGGCGACAAAGGAUUUGAGAGCCCAAGACCAUAUAAAUUGACUCACCAGGUAGUUUGUAUCAACAACAUAAAUUUUCAGAGAAAGUCUGUUGUAGGUUAUGUGGAAUUGACAAUAUUUCCCACAGUUGCAAACCUGAAUAGAAUCAAAUUGAACAGUAAACAGUGCCGGAUUUACAGAGUAAGAGUCAACGAUUUGGAAGCAGCUUUCAUCUAUAAUGAUCCAACAUUGGAGGUUUGUCACCAUGAGUCAAAGCAGAGGAAUCUCAACUAUUUUUCCAAUGCCUAUGCUGCUGCAGUCAGUGCUGUGGACCCAGAUGCUGGAAAUGGAGAGCUCUGCAUUAAGGUUCCCUCGGAGUUGUGGAAACAUGUUGAUGAGUUAAAAGUCCUUAAGGUGCAUAUAAAUUUUUCUCUGGACCAGCCAAAAGGAGGGCUUCAUUUUGUGGUACCCUGUAUGGAGGGCAGCAUGGCAGAAAGAGGGGCUCAUGUCUUUUCGUGUGGUUAUCAGAAUUCUACACGAUUUUGGUUUCCUUGUGUUGAUUCAUAUUCUGAGUUGUGUACCUGGAAACUUGAGUAUACUGUAGAUGCUGCGAUGGUGGCCGUUUCAAAUGGAGAUUUGGUGGAAACUGUAUAUACCCACGAUAUGAGAAAGAAGACUUUUCAUUACAUGCUGACUAUUCCAACUGCAGCUUCUAAUAUCUCCCUAGCCAUAGGACCUUUUGAAAUCCUUGUUGAUCCAUAUAUGCAUGAGGUGACUCACUUUUGCUUACCCCAACUUCUCCCAUUGCUCAAACAUACUACGUCAUACCUUCAUGAGGUAUUUGAAUUUUAUGAAGAGAUUCUUACCUGUCGCUAUCCGUACUCCUGUUUCAAGACUGUUUUCAUAGAUGAAGCAUAUGUUGAAGUAGCUGCUUAUGCAUCCAUGAGUAUUUUUAGCACAAAUCUCUUACACAGCGCGAUGAUUAUAGAUGAAACUCCACUGACAAGGAGGUGUUUAGCACAGGCGCUGGCCCAACAGUUUUUUGGAUGUUUUAUAUCAAGAAUGUCUUGGUCAGAUGAAUGGGUGCUAAAGGGAAUCUCUGGUUAUAUUUAUGGCCUUUGGAUGAAGAAAACCUUUGGUGUUAAUGAGUAUCGCCACUGGAUUAAACAGGAGUUAGAUCAAAUAGUGGCAUAUGAACUGAAGACUGGUGGAGUUUUACUGCAUCCAAUAUUCGGAGGAGGAAAAGAGAAAGACAACCCUGCAUCGCAUUUACAUUUUUCUAUCAAACACCCCCAUACACUGUCAUGGGAAUAUUACACUAUGUUCCAGUGUAAAGCACAUCUUGUUAUGAGACUGAUUGAGAACAGGAUCAGCAUGGAGUUCAUGUUACAGGUUUUCAACAAGUUGUUGAGUCUGGCCAGCACUGCUUCGUCUCAGAAGUUCCAGUCGCACAUGUGGAGUCAGAUGUUGGUUUCCACAUCUGGGUUUUUGAAAUCUAUCUCAAAUGUCUCUGGCAAAGACAUCCAACCUUUAAUAAAGCAGUGGGUGGAUCAGAGUGGAGUGGUAAAAUUUUAUGGUAGCUUUGCAUUUAAUAGAAAACGGAACGUAUUGGAAUUGGAAAUAAAGCAAGAUUACACAUCUCCUGGAACUCAGAAAUAUGUGGGUCCUCUUAAAGUGACAGUGCAAGAACUUGAUGGAUCAUUCAACCAUACAUUGCAGAUUGAAGAAAAUAGUCUUAAACAUGAUAUACCUUGCCAUUCUAAAAGUAGAAGAAAUAAGAAGAAAAAGAUUCCAUUGAUGAAUGGAGAAGAGGUGGACAUGGAUCUUUCUGCCAUGGAUGCUGAUUCCCCUUUGCUCUGGAUAAGAAUAGAUCCUGAUAUGUCAGUACUGAGGAAGGUUGAAUUUGAGCAGUCUGAUUUCAUGUGGCAGUAUCAGCUUCGAUAUGAGAGAGAUGUGGUGGCACAGGAAGAAGCCAUUCUGGCACUGGAAAAGUUCCCGACUCCAGCAUCACGGCUUGCACUAACCGAUAUACUAGAACAAGAGCAGUGUUUCUACCGAGUGAGAAUGCUGGCCUGCUUCUGCCUUGCAAAGAUUGCAAAUUCCAUGGUAAGUACAUGGACAGGACCACCAGCCAUGAAGUCACUCUUUACCCGAAUGUUUUGUUGUAAGAGUUGUCCAAACAUUGUGAAGACCAACAACUUUAUGAACUUUCAAAGCUAUUUUCUGCAAAAGACUAUGCCUGUUGCCAUGGCUCUUCUGAGAGAUGUUCACAACCUCUGUCCUAAGGAGGUUUUAAUGUUUAUUUUGGAUUUGAUCAAGUAUAAUGAUAACAGGAAGAAUAAGUUUUCAGACAACUACUAUCGUGCUGAACUGAUUGAUGCCCUAGCCAACUCUGUAACUCCGGCAGUUAGUGUGAACAAUGAAGUUCGAACGUUGGAUAACUUAAAUCCUGAUGUUCGACUUAUUCUUGAGGAAAUUACCCGGUUCCUAAAUAUGGAGAAGCUUCUUCCUAGCUACAGGCAUACCAUUACAGUCAGCUGUUUAAAGGCUAUUCGAGUGCUUCAGAAGAAUGGCCAUGUCCCAAGUGAUCCUGCUCUCUUUAAGUCAUAUGCAGAAUAUGGGCAUUUUGUAGAUGUCCGAAUAGCAGCGUUGGAGGCUGUUGUUGAUUAUACCAAAGUUGAUAGGAGCUACGAAGAACUGCAGUGGCUGCUCACUAUGGUUCAGAAUGAUCCUGUACCCUACAUAAGGCAUAAGAUUCUGGAUAUGCUGACUAAGAAUCCACCUUUUACAAAGAACAUGGAGUCCCCUUUAUGUAAUGAAGCUUUGGUAGAUCAACUUUGGAAACUGAUGAAUUCAGGAACUUCUCAUGAUUGGAGAUUACGAUGUGGUGCUGUGGACUUGUAUUUUACACUUUUUGGCCUCAGCAGACCUUCGUGUUUACCAUUACCAGAGCUUGGACUUGUUCUUAAUCUAAAAGAAAAGAAAGCUGUACUUAAUCCAACAAUUAUUCCUGAAUCAGUGGCAAAUGCUCAGGAACCUGUGAAUAGUACUAACAAUCAUGGACAGUCAGUAGGAUUUCAGAACACCGAGGAUGAUCAUCUUGUUAAGGAAACAGCAUCCAGCAUUUCUGGUCAUCAGCAGGGGGUGAAGAGGAAGGCUGAUAUGCCACUCGGGUCUCCAUUGGAGCCAGGGCAAAUACUAGAGAAGAAUGAAGACAGUAAAGUCAAACUCAAAAUCAGAUUCUCAAACUCUCAAGAAGAGGAGGAAAUUGAUAUGGACACAGUUCAUGACAGUCAAGCCUUUAUUUAUCAUCAUUUGAAUAUGUUGGAGAGACCGUCAACACCAGGUAAAGAACAAUCUUCAGGAGAGAUAAACAUGCACCCUGUCUCGGCAGCUCCACUCUCUGUGUUUAGUAAAGAAUCUAACUCCUCAAAACAUAGUGAUCACCACCACCACCACCACCACGAGCACAAGAAAAAGAAGAAGAAACACAAGCAUAAGCAUAAGCAUAAACAUAAACAUGAUAGUAAAGAAAAGGAAAAGGAUCCCUUUGCUUUCUCUAACAGCCCAGCCAGUGCACGAUCAAUCCGUUCUCCAUCACUUUCAGACUGAUAGCAGUGGCUCUAGAAUUCGACUUGCAAUAUUCUCUGAAUACUUAGAAGGAUGUAUAUAACUAUAGCUUCUAUCUUUUUUUAUGGAAAUAGGAAUAUGUGAAUUGCCUUAGCAAUUCAGCAGCUCUGCCACAGCCCUAAUUUGAAGUCUUCUGUUUGCGUAUGCAGUUGUUGAAAUAAUCUAAUUCAAAACAUGUUUUCUGAUUCUCAGUCAUUUUGUAUUUCACUGUUCUCUACACCUCACGCAGCCAUCUUUUUUUUCAUCAUCUUCAUUUUAAAGAAAGAAAACAGCCCUGUAUGUAAGGGCCGCAUGUCUACUGGCACGGGGCAUGGCCCCCUGCACAUCAUGCUGACCAUGUGUACUGCCAGAAUCAAUUAUGUUUUAAUCCUUUGAAGAAUGUUAUGAGGCAGAGUAUGUUUUAAAGAGAAGCCAACUGCCAGACCUUUGGUGAAGUGCUGUUUCCAAGGUAGUACUGUAUACCGAAGCGUAGACCUCCUGAGAAGACGAAGAUUUUCUGUAGUCUUCAAUUGAGCUGUUUCUUGCUUUAACCAUUGCAGUGUAAUGUCAGAAUUUUAAGAACAGUAUAUAGAACAUUUGCCUUUUUCAGAUACUAAAACUCUUAAAAAUUCCAAGCUGCUUUUAAGCUGCAGGUAUUUAUUACGGACAUGACCCUUUGAAUAUAUUGACACUCUGCAAUUAUGUUUUUGGAAUUUUAGCAAAAUGCUUAAUGCAUGUUUUGUCCUGUAAUCAGGCUUUUAAAAAUCCAAUAAAGUUUGCAAAUUAUUUUGACAAAAGCCGAAUUUUUUCUUUAAGCUUGACAUUGGAAUAUGCUUUUGAAGAAUGGCUUUGAUAGAAUUGAAAAGUAUUUUUGAAAAGCUACAUAUAGAUUUAAAAAUAUAUAUUUCCUCCUGCUGAAAGGUGCUUUCUUGGAAGCAUUCUAUUCUAUCAGUUCAUGAAUCCACAGGAAAAAUACAUUAUUAGAGUAAUCUAGGUCUGGGACUCUAAGUGAUGAAUACAGUGAGAUUUCUUUUGCUGUGUUUUAUGCAGUGUAAUAUUUACACCCAGCAAAUGUUUUAUUUAAAAACUUAAGUUUUUAAAAGUUCUGAUAAUAGAGGUACAGUCGUCUCUGCCACUUUUUAUAUGUUUUCUUUAUUUGUACGUAGAGGCAGAGGUUUUAUUUCCUCGUGCUGGUUGACUUCUGUUGCCCAGAGUUCAUAUUUCAUUCGGCUUUCUGUAAGAUGGUUGUAUUUGGGUUAAACAUUUUAUUUAAAAUUUUUCAUGAACUCCUGUGAGAGGGACUGAUUCUACUUCUAGGGCAAAGAAAGAGUUCAACAGGGGACCCAGGAAGGUUUUUUAAAGCCAUAUUCUGUUUCAUAAACGUUAAUAAAUGCUUUUAUAUUGUA